AUGACUUCAAUUCCAGCCGCCGUGAGGCGACCUUCCGAUGCCGAGUGGGCAGCUCAUCUCCCACGCAUUUGUGAGCUCUAUUACGGCCAGAGAUACACUCUCGAAGACACACAGCGUGUCAUACACCAGGAGUCUGGCUUUUAUGCCACUCUGCGUAUGUACAAGGACCGAAUUCGCAACAUGGCCGUCCAUCCCAAAAAAAUCUGCAUGCAGAAGUACCAGGCUAUGAGCAUCGUCGCCGAGGACUUCCAGCGCCGUGGCACCAGCGUGCAUUUCAUCGGCCCCUCAGGUUUUCAGAUCUUUAAGCGAACCCCAGCUCAAAUCACCAGGCAGCUCCGCAGACCACAUUGUCUACAGCCUAUCACCCUCGAACAGGCCAAAGACGUACUGCAGCAAUCCAGCAUUCAGGCUAUCGUUGAGCACGCCGUCGUUGGUCCAGCUAGUGACGAUCAUGUCCCCGCGGUGCCGUUCCCUGAGUCAACUUCAAGUGCCCCAGGACCUCCACAUCAAUUUGCGGAACACCACCUGUCUCAGAUUCCUUCCACCUCGAAUGGUCUGGCCGGGGAUGCACCGCAAGGCUUGUCCGGUCCAAAUGGACCGCGAAACGCACCACCGUCGGUGGCCUGGAAUUACCCGCAGGUUACUACUGCAUUGCCUCGCCCUGGGCCCCCUUCUCGACAGGCAUCUCGUGAAGAUGCUCCAAGGCUUCCAGCAUAUGCCCCUGCCCCAGCAUCAAGACCAGAUAGUCUGAGCUUGGCCGGCGUGAAGUUGGUACCUGAGCGAUUACAGCAGCCGAUGGUAGUUGGCGAUGACAAAGACUCCUACGACUUCAAUGCCGACUUUGAUGCACUUUCAUUGGACAAUUCGAGCACGCCAACUCAAGGGCCUUUGAUGACACCUACGGCUAGCCGCAUGCUACCGCCGCCAUCGGAGCGCCAGCGACGCCGCAUGGCCACUGAGUGUGCCGCACCCUUUUUCCUCGCCUGCUUCCCUCCAGCCAAUGUUCCAGAGUCCUUUGCCUUCUCCAGGACGGCGGCGAUGGAACGCUUCAGAUACAUUCUAACGGCGAAUCCGGAAAACCAAUAUGUCUUGCCAUUGUUAAAUUGGAUGACUACAGUGCUUGCAUCCAACGACAAGGCUAAUCUUCUCAAGGACUUCGUAUUCGAGUGCUGCCAGGUUCUUGACACAUGUCGAGACUACGGCUUUCCUCUGUCCACGCCAUUUCGAUACAUGCUGGCGUUUUGCAACGAUGACAAGACUGGUAUGGAAUUCCACGGAUCGCACUUUGCACAUGGCACAGACCGUUUGAUUCAGCUUUAUGGACCAGAUCAUCCGAAUAUCCUCGUCAACGAAUACUAUCGGGCAUGGCAUGCACUUAUGCGGCCAAAUGAAUGGUCGAAUGCACGAACAAUACUCGAGAAAUGCCUGACACUGUCGGAAAAGGCGAUGGGGCCGCGCAAUCUGAUGACCAUAAACUGCUUGGUCGUUCUAGGUCGAGGCUUUGCAGAAAAUGGUUAUCACGAGCAAGCACACUCGAUCUUUGAAGACGUCUUGGUUCGGUUCGACGACCCUGCACGGCCUUUGCAGGCCUAUAGACUCUUGAUCGUGGACCGUCUUGCUACGGAAGAAGAGCGGCUGGGCUAUCUGGUGCCAGCAGAACGUCAUCGGCGAGAGGUUUACGAGGGCCGCCUGCGGCUGCUAUCUGCCUUUAGCCCCGAGACAAAGGCUGCAAUGUGCUCCCUCAACGAUGUGCUACGUCACAUGGGGCAUGAGGACGAAGCCCAACGAGUGCAGCGUCACUACGACCUUGAAUUCGAGACGCUUUGGAGGCGGGAAGCCAUGCUCAAUAAUCAACCCCAAUCGUUGUCGUCCGCUUCGUCGGCACAAGACUCGCCACAACUCUCACCGCCAGCAUCGAGCCGGCUGUGA